AUGGUUGUUUCCAUGGCUUUGGUCAGGCAAUCGCCGUGUUUCGAUUUUCUGUUUCAUUUCCCGGUCGAUAGAACCCGUUAUUUGCCGCCGGUGGCUUUUUCCAGAGUCCGCCAUCGCUUCCCAUCUUGCAGAUGGUUAAGUCUCAGCUCAUCAGCCUCCUGCUCCCGCAGGUUAAACAGCUUUAGUUCAAGGUGUUCGAUUACAAACACAGAUGUAUAUCAUGACUUUGUCACCACUGAUGAUAACAUCCAUGAGGACUUGCCAACUCCAGCUGAGGAUCAUUCGAUUCCAAUUGUUCAUCUUGAUACCGAUAUCGCUGUAACUGAAUCUCUGAGCUUACUCACCGAGUGUACUUACGUUGAUACAGUUUUGACAGCAUUGCCCGUCUUAUCCGAGGAGGAGCAGACUGCACUUGCAGCUACACCCGCUCACCCUGAAGGAUUAUAUGUGUUAUAUGCAAGCUGUUUGGUGGGAAAUUUGGUUGAACAGCUAUGGAAUUUUGCUUGGCCGUCCGCCAUUGCAAUGCUAUAUCCGAGCUUACUGCCUGUGGCAGUCAUGGGCUUCGUCACUAAAUUGGCUAUAAUUAUCGGUGGUCCAGUUGUUGGAAAGUUUAUGGAUCAUAGUCCGAGGGUUUCUACAUAUAUCUCGCUGAAUGUCGUUCAGGCAGCCGCUCAAGUGGUAUCUGCAGGAACGAUAAUUCAUGCAUACACGGUUCCUUCCACAUUGGGGUCAUCAAUUCUCCUGCAGCCUUGGUUUUUUGCAUUGAUAUUCGCAGGGGCCAUUGACAGACUGUGUGGCAUUGCAUCUGGAGUCGCCAUAGAACGUGAUUGGGUUGUAUUGUUGGCAGGCAUAAACAGACCAAUCGCUCUUGCACAAGCAAAUGCAGUUCUCAACAGGAUUGAUCUGCUUUGCGAGAUCGCUGGAACGAUGUUAUUUGGCAUCCUCCUAUCCAAAUAUGACCCUGUGACCUGCUUAAAGUUUGCUGCCACACUAAUGAUAGGUUCUUUGCCAACCAUGACAGCUCUUAUAUGGUUGACCAACAAAUUCUCCUCUGGAGUUCUCGACCGUCCUAAAUGCUCCCAGACGAGCUGUGCUACCGAAGGAAGUAUUGUUGAUAUCGGCAUGGAAGCUAUCAAGCUUGGAUGGAAAGAAUACAUUCAGCAGCCAGUUCUUCCCGCUAGCCUCGCAUAUGUCCUUCUCUAUUUCAACAUUGUCCUCACACCGGGCAGUUUGAUGACCGCAUUUCUAACACAACGAUCUGUGAAUCCAUCAGUUAUUGGGAGUUUCAGUGGAUUAUGCGCUGUCAUGGGCGUCGCGGCAACAUUCUUAUCAGCAAACUUGGUCAAACGAUUUGGCAUUCUAAAGGCGGGUGCUGUAGGAUUGUUCUUCCAAGCUUCACUCCUUGGUGUUGCUGUUGCUGUGUACUGGAGCUCCUCUCUCUCCCAGAAAAGUCCACUCUUCUUCUUCUUGUCCAUGAUCGUAUUGUCGAGGCUUGGUCACAUGUCUUACGGCGUUGUGGGAGCUCAGAUUCUUCAAACCGGAAUCCCAUCGUCCAAAGCUAAUCUCAUCGGUGCGACCGAGAUCUCAGUAGCUAGUCUAGCUGAAUCGCUGAUGCUCGGAGUAGCCAUAGCCGCGAAUGACGCUUCACAUUUCGGGUUCCUUGCGGUUCUGUCUCUUUUAUCAGUUGUUGCAGCCACUUUUAUUUUCUGCAAGUUGCUGAGAAAUCCCACUGAUGAACAAAGACGGCUCUUCUCCUUCGACCCUCUCUCACGUUGA